AUGAGCCACGAGGCCCCUGCUGACGCCCCUGGACGGCCCUCGACAGAGAAGCCUGCCAGCGCCGCCUCGCCAGAACAGCCAAACGGCACCGGGCCGCCGUCCACCGAAGAUUUGCGACGAACCCCGUCGAAAGCAACAGGAGAAGGUGAAGGCAGCGCUGCUUCCGAAGGCGAGCCCAAGAAGAAGCGAUCCUUUUUAAACAUCCCCCGUUCCAAUUCGCAGUCCAAGUCGAACGAAGAACAGACCCCCACCGGAACCGGCCUAAGUGGAGCAACUGUGGCCGACUCUGAGAGCGUUGGGCGAGGCUCCAAGCGGAGCUUCUUGGGCAAGCGGCGGGCGGGGAGCGUGGCCAGCAGCAAGCGCUCACAGCAGCCUGCGACGUCGGAGAAGGUGGAGCAGCCACCGCCAGUCCCUUCUAUGGAGCAUCGCGAAGGCUCCGCGAAGAGUAAGACGAGAAAAGCUGGCGGACUGCUAUCGUGCCUGCCUUGCUUUGCACCCAGAGACGCCCGUGCAACGGGCGAAGAAGCUCCGGAGAAUGUCAAGCAGGCCGGUAAGGCGAAGCCUGUUCGGACCUCGCAGCCUACACCUGUGAAGAAACCCGAUACAACUGCUGCUGAGUCAAGCACCGCAGAUUCAAAGGAGCCAUUGGAUGAGAAGGCGGCAAGUGAGACGUAUGGUGCAGAAAAGCCUAGCCACGGCGACGGUACGACUGAGAGACCCUCACACGAGACUCCUCCCAAGAUCGUGACAAGAAGUUCGUCUAAGAAGCAAUCCCCAGAUCAACCGCUGCCUCCUCUACCAGACCAGGCGGGAACUUUACAGACCGGCCAUCCCCAGAUCAACAUCCAAACGCCGACUCCCGGAACGACACCUGUACAGCCAAGACCGUCUCAUGAACAACAGCAAAUAAUACAUGACCGGACAGACGCGCAGGAGGAGAAGGACCAGGACAUUGAGAUGAAGGACGUGCCUCUCGCAUCGACUGACGUGCGUCAUGAGGGAGAUGAGAGCUCUAGCGAGACGCAAAAUGAGAUUCCGCCGAAAGUGGAUCUGCCUCCCCCGCCACCGCUUGAACAAAGACAAAACGCGGUCCGCGAUCAGACGUCAGAAACAAGUUUAUCCGAACCCCAACAGAAGUACCUUCUAGGUCCCAUAAGACCAGAAUUCAAGGGGAAAAAGUGUCUUGUUCUUGACUUGGAUGAGACUCUGGUGCACAGCAGCUUUAAGAUCCUUGCUCAGGCCGACUUCACCAUUCCCGUGGAGAUCGAAGGGCAGUACCACAAUGUGUACGUGAUCAAGCGACCGGGCGUGGAUCAGUUCAUGAAGAGGGUUGGCGAGCUUUAUGAAGUCGUUGUUUUCACAGCCUCUGUCUCGAAGUAUGGUGAUCCCCUUCUCGACCAGCUGGAUAUUCAUGGAGUGGUACAUCACAGGCUCUUCCGAGAAAGUUGUUACAACCACCAGGGUAAUUACGUGAAGGACCUAUCCCAAAUCGGUCGUGACCUGAAGGACACCAUCAUCAUUGACAACUCGCCCACAUCGUACAUCUUCCACCCGCAACACGCCGUCCCAAUCAGCAGCUGGUUCUCUGAUGCUCACGAUAAUGAACUUCUCGAUCUGAUACCCGUCCUCGAGGACCUCGCCGGGUCCCAGGUCAGCGAUGUUAGUUUGGUACUAGAUGUCGCGCUGUAA